AUGUCUGAUGCUGAGGCAACAAUGACAAAGAAGACUAUGAAAAUUCGAUGCAAAUUGAAGUUGCCAGACAAGCCUUUUGUUUUGAAAAGGCGGCACAGUGAUGGUGAUUAUGGUGAUGAUGAAGAAAAGGUUAGGAGAAAGAAGAAGAGGAUGAUUGUAAAGGCACCUGCAAUUCCGCCAGAAUUGCCUGCUAAAUUCAAGAACCACAUCGAAAGUUUGAAUGGUAUUGAAUUGAACUUUGUGUUUGAAAAGUCACUAUACAGCACAGACCUUAACCAUAAUCAGGGGCGUCUAUCUCUGCCAUUGAGUCAAAUUGAUAAUGGAUUCCUCACGAGAAAAGAGAAGGACUUGCUCGAAACAAGAACUGGAAAUCAUAAGACAUCCAUUGAAGCCAAAUUAAUUGAUCCGCCAAGAAAGGAAUCUGAUAUAUUUCUUAAGAAGUGGGACAUGCCUAAGAAAAUUGGCAAAGUGAAUUCAACUUAUAAUCUAAUGACAAGCUGGAAUGAUGUUGUGGAGAGCAACAAGCAGUGCGAAGGAAUGAUUGUACAACUUUGGUCAUUUUAG